AAGAUGAUGAGGUGUAUCUGCUUCUGUGUCUGUGAGGCGGUUUCUUGGAUUGGAGUUCCAGAACCAGAACCAGAAUCCAUCGAGAUCGAGAAGAGCGAUGCCUAAAAAGAUGGGGGUGAACACGAAGGCUGAGGCGGCCAGGGCUCGUAAGAGCUCCGUGGAAGAGGAGCGAAAGGAGCGCGAGACUCGAGACAAGGAGGAACAGUACUGGCGCGAUGCCGAGGGUUCCAAGUCACGCGCCGCCAAGAAGCGCGAGGAAGAGGCCGAGAAGAGGGCGGAGGCAGCCGCACGUCGAGCGGAGGCGCGUCGAUUGGCGGAGUUGGAGGAGAAGGAGCUGGAGAAGUCCAUGAAAAAGCCGGAUAAGAAGGCAGCCCGGGUGUCCAUCCCCGUGCCGAAGGUGACGGAGGCAGAACUUAGGAGGCAGCGGGAGGAGGCGGAGGCGGAGGCUCAAAAGAAGGCCGAGGAGGGUAAGAAGCGGCAGAGUCGAACUGCUGCGGAGGAGGAGUACGAGAGAAUGGUGCUUGUAUCGAAUACUAAUAGGGACGACACCAUCAUCGAAGCAAGAACUGUGGAGGAUGCCAUCUCUCAGAUGACCAUCGCCUCUGAUAGCUUGCCCCCCGAUAGGCAUCCCGAGAGGCGCCUCAAGGCCUCCUUCAAGGCAUUUGAAGAAGCUGAGCUCCCUAAGUUAAAGGAAGAAAAACCAGGCCUUACUCACACUCAAUACAAGGACAUGAUAUGGAAGCUAUGGAAGAAAUCUCCUGACAAUCCACUUAAUCAAAUUGCUGAGUGAAUGAUCAACAGCAGCGGGCCUGUAACUGAAAGCAGAGUUGUAAUGACAUUUCAUGACAGCUUGUAUUGGGCAUCUUCAUGGUGUGGCGGAGCCAUUUGUAGUUCAUAAAUACUAUAGUUCCUGACCUACAGAAUUUGCAUGUCCCUCUUCACAUGUUAUCAUAGGCUUCUUUUCCUUUCUUAUUGUGAUUCCUCAGUUGGCAGGAUAUAAGUUUGACUUUCUGUACAUGCAAAGACAUUGUUGUUAUGAAGUUUGAUAUGACUCCCCUAUUACUACGAGGGAUAAGGCUCAAUUAAAGUAAGUUUGUCUUUAAA